AUGUUACAAGCGGAAAGGUCCUCUGGGCGACUUGUGAUCCUGGCGGCCGCCCUGUACUUUUCCAGGGCGGCGGCGAGCGCCGCUUUCAGCGCGAACCUGCUCCACUCCAACGCCAUCAAGAACUUGCCGGCAGGAGGCGCUGUGGCGGCCGCGGGCUCCCCCGCUAGUGCAGCGCCCGGCGACUCUGGGCUGCGCGACGCAGGCAACAAGCACCUAGCCGUCGAUGCGCCCCAGCCUUCCGUGUGCGGCGGGGACGAGGACUGCAAGGCCGACGAGUUCUGCUCCGUCUCAGGCCGCGGCGGCCUCCACGGAAACCAAGUCUGCCUCGCCUGUCGGAGACGCCGCAAGCGCUGCCUCCGCGACGCCAUGUGCUGCCCGGGCAAUCAGUGCAAUAACGGAAUGUGUAUGCCAUCAGAACAUGGUCACUUCCACCCUGGGGAUAUCGAGGAGACCGUGCUAGAGAACUUUGACCAUGGCACUUUAGACUCCCAUCCCAAAAGGACCACGUCUUCAUCACAGCUACACUAUCUGAAAGGCCAAGAAGGUGCCGUCUGCCUUCGCUCCUCGGAUUGUGCCUCGGGGCUGUGCUGUGCUCGCCACUUCUGGUCCAAGAUUUGCAAACCCGUCCUUCAGGAAGGCCAAGUGUGCACAAAACACCGAAAGAAAGGGUCUCACGGUUUGGAGAUCUUCCAGCGAUGUUACUGUGCGGAUGGGCUGACGUGUCGGCUACAGAAAGACCACAGCAACACUUCCAGACUGCACACCUGCCAAAGGCACUAGCUGCCGCUUUCUGAGAAAACCUGAU